ACCCACAUAACCUCAAAAAUCAGUCGUCGUCAUCUCUACAAACCUUCAACCCCACCACUUCACAGUCACACACCAAACCAAAAACCCACUCCCUCUCUCUCUCUCUCUCAUCCCCCUCUUUCUCUCUCUAAGAUUGAUUGAUCAUCAAGUACUACUUUCUUCUUCUUCUUCUUCACUCUAUAUCUUACUCAUUAAGUCUCCGGUCAACCCCCCGAGUCAACAUGGGCAACAUCAGCGACGAAAUUACCGUCGCAAGAGCCCUUGAAGCUCUCGCGAUCAGCCACGAUGAUGAAGAUAAUGAUGAAUUUCACAAAAUUGAAAAGGAUCCCAGAACAAUUGCAAGAGGGUACCAAAUUGAGUUAUGUCAAAAGGCUUUAUUGGAGAACAUCAUUGUGUAUUUGGAAACCGGUUGCGGUAAAACACACAUUGCGGUUUUGCUUAUUUAUGAGAUGAUAUGCCGAACGAAGAAGUCCAAAAAGGAUAUAUGUGUUUUCCUUGCUCCAACCGUAGCUCUAGUCGAACAACAAGCUAAGGUUAUACAAGCUUCUAUAGACGUAAAAGUUGGAAUCUAUUGUGGUAGUUCAAAAAAUUUGAAGGGUCGUCGUGAUUGGGAGAAGGAAAUCGAACAAUUCGAGGUCCUUGUGAUGACCCCUCAAAUUCUGUUGCAUAAUUUAUCGCAUUGCUUCAUCAGGAUUCAACAUAUCGCUCUUUUGAUAUUUGACGAGUGUCAUUAUGCACAAGCUGAAAGCAAUCAUCCGUAUGCUGAAAUUAUGAAGAUAUUUUAUAAACCGGAUGUUCCUAAGCUCCCGCGUAUAUUCGGCAUGACCGCAUCGCCAAUAUUUGGGAAAGGUGCUUCCAUUAGUAGUCUCGAGACCUUACUUAAUGCCAAGGUUUAUACCGUUGACACAAGGGAGGAGCUAGACCAAUUUGUAUCAUCCCCUAAAGUUAACUGCUAUUAUUACGGUACCGCCACACAUGAUACCCCUGACCCCCAUAUAACUUAUUUAGGGAGACUUGAAACAAUAAAGGUCGAGAGUAUGUUUACGUUGAUCAAGAAUAGCGAGGAUCCUUCUAUUCUUAAAAACACGAAAAAGGCCCUCCUACGGCUUCAUUGCAAUAUCGAGUUUUGUCUCCAAAAUCUUGGCCUUUGGGGUGCAUUGCAAGCUUGUAGAAUUCUAUUGAAAGGCGACCUCGUUGAGAGAAAUGCGGUUAUCGAGGCAAAUGAGCAAUGCAAUGACGAUAUUUUAUGCGGCAGUUAUCUAUCGAAAGUUUCUGCCUACUUUGCCUCUGAAUGCCAAAAAGAUUACCCGAUUGAAGCAAAUGACACCGAAGCCAGUUUAUCAUCCCUCGAUAAUUUGGGGUUUCCGUUUUUCUCAUUGAAGCUGUUGCAACUCCUGCAAAUUCUUUCCAACUUUAGGGCACAGUCGGAUAUGAAAUGUAUUAUAUUUGUGAAUAGAAUCGUAACCGCUAGAUCGUUGGCGUAUAUCCUUCAACAAGUUAGGUUUUUGUCGGCAUGGAGGUGUAGUUACUUAGUAGGCGUCCACUCUGGGCUCAAGAGUAUGUCGCGUAAAACGACGAACGCCAUUCUUGAGAAGUUUCGUUCGGGUGAGCUGAAUUUGUUAGUAGCAACGAAAGUGGGAGAAGAAGGUCUCGAUAUCCAAACAUGCUGCCUUGUAAUACGAUUCGAUCUUCCGGAAACUGUUGCCAGUUUCAUACAAUCAAGAGGUCGUGCCCGCAUGCCGCAAUCUGAAUACGCAUUUUUGGUGGACAGUGGGAACCCAAAGGAGAUGGAAUUGAUAAAGAAUUUUCAUAAGGACGAAGCCCAGAUGAAUAACGAAAUAUCUUCAAGAAAAAGUACGUCGGUGUAUAAUGAUUUUGAGGAGAAAACAUAUAAAGUAGAUUCAACAGGUGCCAUUAUUAGUUCCGGAUCGAGUGUUUCGUUACUUCAUCGAUAUUGCUCAAAGCUUCCGCAUGAUGAAUUCUUUAACCCUAAACCACUACUAUCUUACUCUACACAUGAAGCUGACGCCGUAAUUUGCUACAUAAAACUUCCCGCUAAUGCUCCGAUUCACCAAAUCAAAAGUUCGCCUCAACCGUCAAGGGAAGCGGCAAAAAAAGAUGCGUGUUUGAAAGCGUGUCAACAAUUGCAUGAAUUGGGUGCUUUGACGCAUUAUCUCUUACCUGACGAUGAAGUUGACGAUGAAAAUCAAGAUUCUUCUGAUUCAGACUGUGAUGAUGAUGAAAGCUCGCGCAGAGAGCUUCAUGAAAUGCUUGUACCAUCCGUUCUUCAAGAACCAUGGAUUAAAGGGGAAAACGCAACACUCUCUCUUAACUCGUAUUUCUUCGAGCUCAACCCUACGCCUGCCGAUAGAUUAUAUAAAGAUUUUGGGCUAUUUCUUAAAAAACCUAUCCCACAAGAGGCACUAAGAAUGGAACUUGAUCUCCAGUUAGCUCGUGGUCGAUCUGUAUUGACUAAGAUCGUCCCCUGUGGUGCUUUAGAAUUUACGGACAAUGAGAUUUUGCUAGCGGAAAGGUUUCAAGAAAUGUGGCUGAAGGCAAUAAUCGACAAGUCAGAAUUCGUUACGGAUUUUGUCGAGUUAGGCAAACAUGAUUUCAGCAAUUCAGCGUUGACUUUCUACUUAAUGCUACCCGUGCGUGUGGAUGUGCACCGAGGAUCAAUGACUGUAGAUUGGCAGCUCAUUAAAAAAUGUUUAUCGUCACCGAUUUUCAAAAAUCCAGAAGAAAUUAUUACUGCGUGUAAUCAAACUCAAACGUCAAAUACGAAUGUUUGUUUACAUCUUGCCGAUGGGCCCACACAAAUCAAAGACAUAGUGAAUAGUUUGGUGUAUGUUCCUUGCAAGGAUACGUUUUACUUCGUCUCUGCUUAUCUUCCGGAUAAGGAUUCGUUUAGUAUUUUUAAAGAAGGAACAAGCUAUGUCGAUCACUACGCUGAAGUAUUUGGAAGCAAGUUUUUGCACCCGAAGCAGCCUCUUUUAAAAGCGAAACAACUCUUUCGUCUUGACAACCUGCUAAGGAAGAGAGGAAGUGGAGAACCACGUGAAAAGGAGGAGCACUUUGUCGAACUACCUCCCGAAAUAUGUGUUCUGAAAAUCAUCGGAUUUUCACGGGACAUCGGAAGUACAUUGUCGUUAUUGCCCUCAAUCGUACACCGAUUAGAAAGCUUUCUUGUUGCAAUCGAACUGAGACACAGGUUAUGCGCAUCAUUCUCUCAAGGGUCAGAAGUUUCCGCGGAUCGCAUUCUUGAAGCGCUUACGACUGAGAGAUGCAACGAACGGUUUUCUCUUGAGAGACUAGAGGUUUUGGGUGACGCGUUUCUUAAAUUUGCAGUUGGUCGACACGUUUUUCUAGUAAAUAACUCUCUUGAUGAAGGAAUACUAACUCGGAAACGGUCAAACAUGGUCAACAAUUCACAUUUAUUGAAGGUCGCGUUAUCAAACAACUUGCAUGUAUAUAUACGUGAUCAACCGUUUGAGCCUUCUCAUUUUUACCCUUUUGGUCGACGAUGUACCGUGAUAUGCACCGACAACACACAAGUUGAAAUUCAUUCAUCGCACGAGAGUAAUUUAAAGACGGGUGAAAAUACGGAAGUUAGAUGCAAUAAAGGUCAUCAUUGGAUACAAAAGAAAACCAUUGCAGACAUUGUGGAAGCCCUUGUUGGAGCGUUUUUAGUUGAUAGCGGUUUUAAGGCAGCAAUCGCAUUUCUCAAGUGGAUCGGGAUUCCUGUUGACUUUACACACUCGCAGGUUGCGGAGAUAUGUGCUUCAAGCCGAAUCUUUACCGCUUUGAGUGGUCUAAUUGACAUUUCUGCCCUUGAAGACCUUUUGGGAUAUCGGUUUCAACAUAAAGGUCUUCUUUUACAGGCGCUGUUACAUCCGUCUUACCAUAAUAACUAUGGUGGCUGUUAUCAGAGAUUGGAAUUUCUUGGAGACGCGGUGUUGGAUUACCUGAUUACGUCUUAUCUUUAUUCGGUAUAUCCAAAACUGAAACCGGGUCAGUUGACUGACUUAAGAUCGUAUUCGGUCAACAAUAAUUCUUUUGCGGGUAUUGCUGUAAAUCGAUCUUUCUACAAGUAUAUGCUGUGUGAUUCCACUAGUUUGACCCAGUCAAUGAACAAGUAUGCUGAGUUCUUUAAAACCUCUUCGUCGAACAACGUUUUGGGUGAAACCGUCCCAUGUCCUAAGGCUCUUGGUGAUUUGGUAGAGUCGUGUGUCGGUGCCAUUCUUCUUGAUUCCGGAUUCAAUUUAGACGUUGUUUGGAAGAUAAUGAUCUCGUUUUUGGAUCCCGUGAUGAAAUUUUCGGCAAUGCAGCUUAAUCCCGUUAGAGAACUUCAAGAACUUUGUCAGUUUUAUAAUUGGGAAUUAACGUUUCCAUCGGUAAAAAAAGAUAGGACAUUUUUCGUUGACGCGCUUGUUAACGGAAGAGGAGUUUGCGAGUCUGCAAGUGCUACCAAUUUCAGUAAAAAAACCGCCAAGAGAAUCGCGUGUCAUAAAUUGUAUUUAUCAUUGAAGGAUAAAGGUUACAAAACAAAGGUGAAAACGUUAGAGGAAAUCUUGAAAACGAGCGAAAAGAUGGAAGCUCUAUUGAUCGGAAACGAUGAAAUACCGAUGGAUAAAAAUAUUUUACAUAAAUAUAUGAACGCUGAUGAAUUCGAAAGUAGAUCGCAAGAAACGCAUUCCGGUUCUGUAAAACCUGUGAGAAGCAGUAACGGCAUUAGACGAAUGGUGGAUCCCACACCUCAACGCAGUCAUUCGGAUGCUAGUAGUAGCAAUUCACAACCCGCAGCGGGUGGUGAUGUCGUGCACAGGUCAUCAGCGAAAUCAUAUUUGUAUGAAAUCUGUGCGAUUAACUGUUGGAAACCACCGUUGUUUGAAUGUUUUCACGAGAUAGGGCCGGCCCACCUCAAACAGUUUGCGUUCAAAGUGUCUCUUACAAUCGAAGACGCCUCGAAUACGGUUUUGGAAUGCAUUGGAGAUCAUCGGGCGAAAAAGAAAGAUGCAGCCGAGUUUGCGGCUCAAGGAGCGAUUUGGUACUUAAAGCAAGCGGGGCAUUUAAAGAACUAGAAUUCGGUAGUUAUUUUAAUCACCAUAUGCGUAUUAUUAUUCCCGUUUUGGUAGUAUAUAUAUAACAUUGAAGGAAAGGGCAUCUGUAGCAUAUAGCGAGGUUGUAUGUCUAAUCUUUAGAAGACGAUGUGGCGUGUUAUCUUUGCGCAUUAUAAGCAAUUUUCUUUCGAGCUUGAUUGGUUUA